AAACAAAUUAUAAGCUUUAAUCCUCAUUAAUCAUUAUCACUAAUGGGCCAAUGUUGCAUACGGCAACUAGGGUUUAGCCGUUCAGCUUCUUGACCGGAAACCCCUGUUUCGCUGUUCUGAAGUCUGAUAGCUCUCAGUUGCACGUUGCCGAGUUGAGCGAAGCAUAGCAAUGGCUUUGCGUGGCGGAUCUCUUUCAAGGUCUAUAAUCGCCGCCGCCAGAACCUUCUCAAAUCAUUCGUCUCCGCCGUCUAUCUCUCGCCUUCGCCGCCCUCCAUGUCCGCUUCGAUCAUACCUUCUCGACUCUCGCCGCCCCCUCAUUGCAGUUCCUAGGACUUUGGGCCUGUUGGGCUGCGCGCAGUCGCUCUUGCCUCUGCACAGUGCUAUUGCUGACGCUCAUCUUACUUCCCAUAUCUCUAUCAAAUCUCGUGCUUGUUGCGAGUUGUCUCAGGGUACUUGAACAGAUUUUACAAUUGGAUAGAGUUGCAUACAUUUUUACAGCUGGGGAAAAAAAUUACGGCUGAUUCCGUGAAACGGGUAGCUUGUCGGUUCUUUCUAAUCAUUUGGGUCAUUGCUCUUUCUUCUUCCUGAUAUAAUUGGAGGUUUUAGGCACAGUGCAUUUAAGAAAUAUUGAGUAUAUGUAUUCUUCUGCAGAAAAAUCUGUCAAAUCUGGUUGAAGGGCAUAGACUUGUUUCUCUUUGUACGAAAAAUUAUGCCCAAAAAAACAAAAUUGGAAGCAUAGAUACUUGUACGUCAAGAAUAAGAUGCUUGUCAUGAAUCUAAAUCAGUGGCUGACUCACCUGCACUCGCUCUCUCUCUCUACCAGUACCAGUCAUGAGUAGUCGUGGCUUCUUCAAAUUUAUCUAAACUUAACCAUGGACCUCUGUCAAUAUAAUGAUGAUGACCUCCUAUUCAUGAUUACGAAAGGGCUCAACCAUAUUAAAGCAUCCGCAAGCCACUGAAACUUGAGGAAAGAACUAACCAGUUGCCACUGAGUUUUGCCAUUAUACAAACUCAUCUCAAGAUAUGAUUUUAUGCCUCCCAUUUAGAACCAGAGAAUAAUUUGAAUAUCCUGGACCUAUAGUGAGAUAUUGACGGAGAGAAGGCCAGCAACUCAUGAAGCAAACUCAUCUCGAGAGAGAGAUGAUGUAGCCAUGAUCAUUUCGUUAAUCAAUUCUGUUAAACUGCUAUUAUGAUGUCUCCAGUAUAUAGUUUGUCACAACUGUAUCCAAGUGUUCGGUCAAACUGCUUUCUGCAGUAAAUGAAGGAUAAUUAAACUUGUAGCUUGUAUUGUCACAGGAUGUGUAAUGCCAUCAACAGAUGCUUGAUCAUUGUAUCCAAGUGAGUUUCAUGUUUU